AAAACACACACAGACAGACACCCACACACACACACGGGGUGUCCCCACCAAACUUGUCUUCCUUCCUCCCUCACUGAAGCGGCCUUCUUCCUAACAGCACCCGCGCCAUGCAGCUCAUACGGGUCCUCGCUCUGCUCCUGCUCUGCGUCUCCCCCGGGAGAACGGCCAGUCUGAUCCACGCCAGGAAGGCCCUGGAGGAGACAGAAGCUCCAGCCGUCACCGAGGAGGCCCCUGUGACCAACAGCCCAGCUGAGGAGCCUCUAGUGGCCGAUAGCUUGGCUGAGAAGCCUCUAGUGGCCGAUAGCUCGGCUGAAGAGCCCCUAGUGGCCGAUAGCCCGGCCGAAGAGCCCCUAGUAGCCGAUAGCCCGGCUGAGGAGCCCCUAGUGGCCGAUAGCCUGGCUGAAGAGCCACUAGUGGCCGAUAGCCCGGCUGAGAAGCCUCUAGUGGUGAAUAGCCAGACUGUGGAGUCCCCUGCCAUGGAUGGUCCAAUCAUGGACGACAGUCCAGCAGCAGAUUCUCCCGCUGAGGAGGAAACCCUAAUGGCUGACUCUCCAGUCCAACCCGAAGAGGAGGCAGAUGCCGCUGCAGGGGACAUCCAGGUUGCUGACGAGCCCGCUCUGGACAGCCCAGCCGAGGAGGCUGCUGUUGGGGAGGCUCCUGCGAUGGAUGCCCCAGCUGAUGCCACUGGAGCUGUGGACACCCCAGCCGGUGAAGAGGCUCCCGGGGACGCUCCUGUCGCUGACCAAAUGGCCGCCGAUGCCCCUGCGGACGACACUGUGGUGGGAGAAGCCCCUGUAGAGGAAAUGAUGGCUGAUGCGCCUGUGGAUGAGGGAAUGACUGCUGAUGCCACUGUGGAUGAAAUGAUGGCGGCCGACGCGCCUUCUGAAGAUAUCCCAGCUGACCUCCACAUGAACACCUUCCCUCUGGAUGAUGACGAGGACAUCACAUCUCCUCUCCCAAGCAGUUUCCAGGCCACUACGGAGGGCGACUGGGCCAUGAGCUCCAUCAGGCAGAGCUUCCAGGCCGUCAACGGCUACUUCGACUCGCUGGUAGAGCUGAUGGGAGGCCGAAACGGAGUGUGCCAAUACAAGUGCCGAUACGGAAAAACACCCACCCCUCGCAUUGGCUACGUCAUGCCGGAAGCCAAUGGCUGCAGCUCCUCUCUACUGGGUUUCGAGGUAGAUUCUUUUGACCUUGGCAUCCCUGCCAUGACCAAAUGCUGUAACCAGCUGGACGUGUGCUACGACACCUGCAGCUCCAACAAGAACCGUUGCGACUCAAAGUUCCGCUGGUGUCUCCAUGGCAUCUGUUCCGAGCUCAAGAAGAGCCUGGGCUUCGUGUCAAAGGUCGAAGUGUGUGAGUCUAUGGCGGAUGCCAUGUACAACACGGUGUGGACGCUGGGCUGCAGGUCCUACAUGAGCAGCCAGAGGGCAGCGUGCUUCUGUGAGGGUACGGAGAGGGACGAGCUGUGAGGGAGGCCGGGAGGCUACGUUCUCCUCUCCUCUCCUCCGCUCUCUCUCUCUCUCUCUCUCUCUCUCUCUCUCUCUCUCUCUGCACCAUGCUGAUGGGACUCUGGGGGGCACAAUGGGCUUUUCCCAGAACUACAGUAAAUCAGAGGAAUGCACCAGCCAGCACUGAACAGGAGUAUACAACAGUAAUACAUACACACACUCACACACACGCACGUACACACACACACACAAACACGUGCAUACACACACACACACACACACGCACGUACACACACACACACACACACACACACACACACACACACACACACACACACAGAGAAGAGGCAGAGAGAGAAGAGAGGGAGGAAACACCCACAGCACAGCACAGCACAGUGACUCAGCAGAACUCUGAAGUAGGGAUACUUGGAAGCAGUUGCAUCCUUUAUCUCCCUCCCAGAGCAAUAUCUACGUAUAGCAGUCUCCUUACCCACACCCACAUACACACACACACACACACACACACACACACACACACACACACACACAUUGAGAAUAACAACAUAUGGCUCAUAUGGCCUAUGAAGUGAUACAAAAGCUGUGACUGGACUUUAGAGCUACUAAACCUGGUUGAAUAGGAAAGGACAGGUGCGACAUCUCACGUUUCACACAAGUGCCAUGUCUCACAGAGUCAAGUUGAAAUGAAAAUGGUUUACAUAAGUUACACAUAGCUGCAGCAUAUUGUCACAGAAACUUUUCGAGAAGUUCAAGAUACUCAAGAUGAAGAUGGAGUAAAAGAUGGAACAUGGAGUAAAAACUACUGUGCUGCCCCUCAAAUCAUAAUAACAUUCAAGCAAGUUCAGGGAAUAUUAUAUUGUGAUGUAUAUGAUGUGCAAUUUAUUAUAACGGAGCACUUUGUUCCAGACUAAUUGGGAAAGUUGUUUCCCAGUCCAAGUUAUAUUAACAUGGACAAUUACAUAAGACUUUUGAAUGCUGUUAAUGUUUAAAAGAUGAUUACGGAAGCUGUAUGUUAAAUUAUUUGAUGACCUUUUUUUUCUUUUGUUAUCCUCUGUGUGAAUGUCUCUACAGUCUGUAAUACCUAGUGCCUGAACUGGCCUUGAAAUACCUCAUUUCAAAAAUGUAAAGUAAAUUAAUUUGUAA